GGCCGCGCUUCAUGAAUAUAUAAAGCGGCCCGGAGCGGAGGUUUUUUCUGAGGGGUGGGGUUUGCUCCUUCUUUAGGAAGGUUCCGCUUCUCGUCUUUCUCGUAAAGUGGUCGGUGCGGAAUUCGGCUCCCGGGUGGGUGUGUCGGAGCGGGUCGCGGCGCUUCUGCUCACCUCGGGACGGGGCGGGAGGGGGAGGAAGAGCGGAAAAGUUCAAUAUGAAUUUAGUGUGAAGCCCGAACCAGAGUUACUAGCAUGGCCAUCUGGACCCGAGCGGACAAAAAUGGACAGCUGGACCUCCUGUUUCGGGACCGCUGGAUCCGUGUUUCAGCCGAGCUGACCCAAGAGACUUUAACUCUUACGGCCGAGGCGGAGAUAACUGGACCCGGGAAUGGCGCCGAUCACGCGUCGCCGGGCCUGCGGAGCUCGGUGUCCAACGGAAACCAGUCAGGAGCAUCACCGGAUAACCCGAACCGCAGCCGGACACAGAGCCACGGCGUGCCGCGACGGAGCAGCAGCCCGGUGCGCGGGGGUAUGGGCAGGGGUCAGCCCGAAGGCAGCCACGGCUUCGCCAGUCCCGGUUCGGCCAGGUCGGCCAACGACAACGGGACUAAUUCUGAUUUUGGAAGCCCGGGAUCCAGCUAUGGUAGCCCUGGAUCCAGCGUAAGUUCUAAGCACGGUGAUCCCGCCGCCAACUUCGACAACAACCCGUCGGAGGGAGUGCGGAAAGUUCGGGUUAUCAAGCAGGAGUCGGGGGGACUGGGUAUCAGCAUCAAAGGGGGCAGGGAGAACCGAAUGCCCAUCCUGAUCUCCAAGAUCUUCCCGGGACUCGCAGCGGACCAGAGCCAGGCUCUCCGUGUGGGCGACGCGAUCCUGUCAGUCAACGGGAUAGACCUCCGCGACGCCACGCACGACUCAGCGGUGCAGGCGCUUAAGAAGGCCGGCAAAGAGGUGACGCUGGAAGUGAAGUACAUCAGGGAGGUUUCGCCGCUCUUCAAGAAGCCCAACCUGGCAUCAGAUCUACCUUGGGACGCAAUUCGGGAUGGGGUGCGGGGCACGCACUCCCCCAGCCUGGGCGGGAGUGAGGACUCCGGCUCCCCGACCCUCCGGGGCUUCGGUCUCAAGGAUAGGAAAGUCAUACCUCUGAAGAUGUGCUACAUCUGCCGGAACCUGACCAUGCCAGACUUUGAGAACAGGCUGCUGGAGCUGCACUCCCCCGACAACCUGCACACAGUAAUCCUGCGCUGUAAAGACAGUGCCAGUGCCAAUUCCUGGUUCACGGCCAUCCACGCCAACAUCACCGCCCUGCUGCCCCAGGCGCUGGCCCACAUCAACUCCAUCCUGCGCAUGGGUGCCGGCGGUUCCCACCGCCACCUCAAUCACAUUGGCUGGCUGGCCGAGCAGAUGCAGAUGGACGGCAUGCGGCACCACUACCGGCCGGUCGUCAUGGCGCUGACAGAUAAAGACAUCCUGCUCUUUUACUCAGUGCCCUGGACCCAUGAGGCGUGGGCCUCCCCCAUGGUGAUACACCCACUGCUGGCCACCAGACUUGUGCAUUCCGGCAGUGCCCGUGGCUCCCCAGCGCUGGGCGGGGACCUUGUGUUCGGCACACGAACGGGCACGCCACAUGGGGUCGAGUCCCAUAUUUUCCGAGUAGAGACCCACUGGGACCUGUCGACAUGGACACGGGUCCUGGUGCAGGGGGGAAAUGCAGUCGCCGCACUCGUCAGAGAGGUGUCCAUCGGCUGCCUUUUCGGCCAACAGGAAGUGCGGCUCACCGUGCACUAUGACAAGGGCUUCACCGUCACCCGCGAGAAGGACGACUCUGCAGGGGACACCGUGCUCUUCCGCUACCCCUUUGAGAAGCUUCGCAUGUCGGCCGAUGACGGGAUCCGACACCUUUACCUGGACUUCGGUGGGCCCGAGGGCGAGCUGGGAUUCGACCUGAACACCAGUCCCAAGCCCAUGGUCUUUGUGCUCCAUUCCUUCCUGUCGGCUAAACUGACCCGCCUGGGGCUGCAGACAUGAAGCCAAGGAGCCGGCGGGGGGGGGGGCCUUCCUUCCCAUUUCUCCUGUGCCAUCCAUGGCAACCGUACGGGCCCCGUCCCCGCCGCCCGUCUGUCCGUCUGUCCGUCCCCGGCCGUGUCUGCAUGCGUGUGCGCGCUCUGUCAGACUGGGUGGCCCCUGCCACGCAGAUCCGCGCUGCCGGCCGCCAUCAGGAUUUUGCCAAAUGUGCCUUAAGUGAAAUGAGGACAAAAGGAGGAGGGAGAAAAAGCUUUUUAAACUCUGCCAUUUUCUUUUUUUGCCGUUUUAAGAGGCCAUAGUGUUAAAACGUACGCUUCAAACGAUAUGCACAGAAAUAGCAACUUAUAUAUUUUUAUAUGCUUUCUCUGUUUUAUUUGUUUUACUCUGCAUGACUUGAUUGUACUUUUUAUGAGACGCUCUAGUUGUCGGAAGCGGGAGCCUGACUUUCCCGGGGUCCUUGACCACGAAAGUUCAGCAGGACCCAAUGGCUCAUCCGCCCUCCCCCUGUGUGAUAACACACGUUUCACCCCAUAAUUAACAUAUUUAUGAUUUAUUAUAACAUGGAUUUAUGAUUAUUCUCGUACCUUGUUACAUUUUCACUAUUAUUUGCCAAACCACACCUCCACUUUCAUCUCUGUUGUGUUUUUUUUCCCUCUGAAUUUAUACAAAUAUGAAUGUAUGCUGGUUAA